AUGCCCCGUGUCGCCGAGAGGUUGCUCGGAAGCUUCGAUGCAAGUAAGCGUCCAUCUCGCCCGAACGCUUUGGAGAUCAUUCGGAUCCGUCGGCCCGACGGAAGUACACAGGAGAAUGUGUAUCGAGUGGGAAGCCGUCCAAUCUCCCCUCGGGACUCAAUAGUGACCCCAACCGGCGAGCCGAUUCAAUCGCGUCGCAUGACAAUCGUCGAAACAGAAGAUGGGAAUAUUGAGGUAAGCGAGGGUUUCGUCGAUCUCAUUCAAGAGGCCAACGUUGACGGGGUUCGGCAUUUGAAAACGUCAAAUAAAUGGGUUCGGGCUGUGUGGCUCUUUAUCAUCUUGCUCUUCGUCAUCCUUGCUUUAUACCAAAUCUACUCGCAAGUGCGACUCUUCAUGGAGAACCCGGUGGCGACGAACAUUGACGCCGAGUACCCGGCACAAAUCGCUUUCCCAACGGUGGCCAUUUGCAACAACAAUCAGUACAGAUUAACCUACAUCACGGACAAGCGACAAAUGUCGCGAAGGCCGCCAAAUGGCGGACAACGACCGAUGCUUUCCAUGAGGAACAACGGUUCGAUAUUUGACCAGAUCCUCGAGAACAAUUGGGACAAGGAGGCGGUGCUGUUUUUGCGAAACGCCGCCCACCAGAAGUAUCGAAUGAUCUUGGGAUGCACCUGGCCAAAUGGCACUGCGUGUUCGCCAUUGAACUUUCGACCCGUUUGGACGAUGACAGGAAUCUGUUACGCGAUCAACACCGACGUGCACAAUCCGGUGAUGGUUUCUGGAAGUGGCUCCGGUCACGGGUUGAAACUCUUGCUCAACAUUGAGAGCUACGAGCGAAUCGAGGCUUGCACACCGUAUUUCAAGGCCAAGCUGCAACCGGGGCUCAAGAUUCUCAUCUACAACCAAACGGACAUCCCCGAGUCGAGUCUGAACGGAGUGAACGUUCCGCCUGGUUAUCUCAUGGAUAUCCCGUUCAAAAUGCAACAUCGUCACAAAUUGUCCUCAUCAUCAUGCAUCGAGGAGACGGAUGAGCACAAGAAAGCCGCCUCUGACGACUUCUUCAGCAAGGAUAAUUGCAGAACGUGCGCCAUCCAGAAGUACGUGGAGCAAAUCGAGAAAAGUUGCGAUUGCUCGAUUCGACACGCUUUUGCGCCAACACCCGCUGGAUUUAAAAUUCCCGCCUGCAACGUGGACGACUAUUUCGGGUGCGUGGAGCGGGCGAUUCAGAAAGUUCGCGACAGUGGAGAAACGGCGAAAUGCUUGCCGCCAUGUGAAAGUAUCGAUUACACGGCUUGGCAGGACAUGAACCGUUUACCGAUAAACAUCAUGCCGCCGGUGAUCGACGAGGAUGAAGAGGAAGAUGAGCAAGACGUCGUUGAUGAGGAUGCUAUUGACAAGGCUGUUCAACAAUUCUCUUCGAAGGGCACUGUGGCUAGUUCGAAAGAAGAGAAAACCGAGUUUUUCGUUUGCGAUGACUCGGAGCAGCUGCCGGAGAAAACGGUAAAAACGAUCACCCGGGUUGCCAAACACGCUUUCGAGAAGCAGUCCCGUUUCCAGGAUGACAUUCACCUUAAAACGAAGAGACUUAUUGCAAAGUUGAUGUUGGCAAAGAACAGAUUGAUCUCCGAUGAGUGGGGCUGGAAAAAGGAAGAAUUUCAAUCGGUUUACGAUCGCCUAAACGCGUCGUGCCCGUGUUUCACGAGUUUACGGGAAAAGCAUUCGGAGAUAAUCUUAGCGCUGAAUAAUCCACCGCCAAGUGGCGAAGAGAAACGCUCGCAUCAACUCCAUUUGUUACUUGACGAAAACGAUUAUCAACGCCAGCCAGAACGCUUCAAAUCGAUUGGCGAUGUGAAGGCGACCUAUGGGGAUACAGUUGAGACAAUGUUAAAGCACAUUUCCCUCGUUGCUGACUACAUCGAAAAGUUGUGGGCAAUCUUUUUGGAGAAGAACUAUCACAUGAAUAUGGACGCCGAUUUGAGUAGAAUGGAUCGCAUUUUCGAGUUGAUGAGUCAAUAUGAUCACGGGAAAUUACACCGUAAGACGUGGGCUGACAAGAUGCAAUCCCGCCAAAUGCGUCAUUUUUUCGAGGAGGAAUUCUAUGAUAAUUGGUAUCAGCCGAUCCACGGAGAUCUUCAGCAAAAAUUGCAGAAAGUUUUGAGUGAUGCAGAGCAAAAUGAUUGGAAGAAAAUUGAGGAAGAUGUGAAGGAUGGAUUCGUGGAAAAAAUCGGUUCCGUCGUUUACUUCGCGCAAGUAAAUCAGCAAAAUACGACUCGAUUCAAAGAUUUCCUAAUCGAUCUCCGACAAUGCGUAAACGAGGAAAUCAACGGAACAAGUUUUACAUUAUUAAACGACUUCAAGAAACGAUAUAAAGAGUUUCAGUCCGCUUACAACAAUCUUUUCAAAAAGGAGCUACCCGACUAUUUAGAGAAUUUCGACUUUGACAAGAAAUUUGAGAGUGACAACUUCGCGAUGGUGAACAUCUACUUGCACAAGAUGCACCUUGAGCACUGGCGUCAGGACAGGACGUACACGUUUUGGAGUUUGGCUUGUGACAUCGGUGGAGCUCUGGGGCUCUUCCUUGGCGCCUCUUUGUUGACGUUAAUCGAGUUGGUCUAUUUGUGUUUCCAUUACGGCAUUUUCCACGAAGGACUCCGCAAAGUGAAACGCAAUACUUGGGUUCGAAAGCUGACCAACGCCGGGCCACCAACGCCAAUUUUGUCAAAACACUCGAAAGAUCCUGUGCCGCGAUCCGGGCGAAACUCUUUCGCCGUCAAAAGCAAUGGCACAACACCAAAAAAGAGCUCCGUUUGGUCAAACCCAAUGGUGGAAGCGGAUUUGGAGGCCGGUCUGGGUACGCCGAGCAAAAUCUCCUGGAACGACGGGGCAAAGCACCACCGCGGCUCCUACGAUCCGGAUUCGGGUUUCCCGACAAUGGACAGCUUGGCGCACACACCGCCCGUCCCAAAGCAGUUCUCUGUCAUCCGGGAGGAAACCCCGCAAGCUGAGAACUCGUCUCCAAAAGGUUCACUACGAAACGAAAAUCUUGGAAACAAAGGCGACUCACCGAAAUCCUUCGGAAGAGAGGGCGGCCCGCCAGAGCAACCACACCGCUUCACGUUGGCUGUGGCGCCACCGCCUGGCUCCUCAAAGCCACAACCGAUGCGGGUCGAUCACGACGAAGAAAUCCCAUGGAGUGACGCACAAGAGGGCAGUUCGAGUAGUGACGACUCGAUAACGGCUUCUGUAUCGAAACCGACCCUCUUCCAUCCGAAUCGCCACUCAGCACAGCCAAGCCCGCCAAAAGUCCCAUAUUUGGCGUCACCCGAGGACCUGACGAGUCCAGAAUCGUUGAACAACAAUCAAAGGCGGGAAUUCGACCCGGAUUUGUACGAGGAUCGAUACAAUGAUCCAUUCGAAAUCGAGCCUCGAGUGCAUCAACGAGCGCCGAAUCGGCAAUCCUUUGAAGAACCGUAUCCGGAAGACUUUGACGAUGAAGAAAAGGAAGAGGAACAUGAGAGAACGCCGAUGUUGAGAAAUGAGUACCGUGACGCGAUCUCCGCGUCGCCCGAGUUGGAAAGCUCGUCGAUAUCCGAGUCACAUCCACGGCUAUUUUCAUCGCAAAAAUCG